AUGGCAGCCACACUCAGCCUCCUAAAACUUCCAAUUAUUCCACCAAAAACCCAACAAUUCAGUACUAAACUUUGCAUUGCCAACAACAAAGUAAAAUUAGAAAAAACCCCACAAAAACUCAUUAAUGAAACCUUACACCACCUAAAAUCAGCUUCUCUUCCUCUCGCAGCAAUCACAGUGCCUUUCUUUCUAGACACCGAGAAUGCACUUGCUGUUGGAGGGGAAUUUGGGAUUCUUGAAGGAAGAUCAUUUGCUCUGAUUCAUCCCAUUGUUAUGAGUGGCUUGUUCUUGUACACAUUGUAUGCUGGUUAUCUUGGUUGGCAAUGGAGGCGAGUUCGCACCAUACAAGAUGAAAUUAAUGAGCUCAAGAAGCAAGUGAAGCCAGUUGCAGUCACCCCAGAUGGUACCCCACCUGCUGAACCGCCUAAGUCAUCACCUGUUGAAGCCAAGAUUCAGCUACUCACUGAGGAAAGAAAGGAAUUGAUCAAAGGGUCGUUUAGGGAUAGACACUUCAAUGCUGGCUCCAUAUUGCUGGGAUUUGGGGUUUUUGAAGCCGUAUUUGGAGGGGUCAACACAUGGUUCAGGACAGGAAAGCUAUUCCCAGGACCUCAUUUAUUUGCAGGGGCAGCUAUUACAGUUCUAUGGGCAGCAGCUGCAGCACUAGUCCCUUCAAUGCAAAAGGGAAAUGAAACAGCUAGAAACCUUCACAUUGCAUUGAAUGCCUUAAAUGUAAUCCUCUUCAUUUGGCAGAUUCCCACCGGAAUUGACAUUGUCUUCAAAGUAUUUGAAUUCACCAAAUGGCCUUGA